AUGCUGUUGGUAAGUGCCAAGCUUCCUGAGGUAGAAAAACAGACCCUAAUCCAGUUCCUGAAAGCCAGAGUUGGGACUUUCACUUGGUCCCCGCAUGAUAUACCAGGAAUAGAUCCUUCUGUCAUGAGUCAUAGCCUCAACAUAUCAAAUAACUUCCCUCCUGUCAAGCAGAGGCAGAGGAGGUUUGCUCUUGAAGUCAAUCAGGCCAUACAAGAAGAGCUCUUGGACAAACCCGAUCUCUCUGGUAGAUUAUCCAAAUGGGCAAUUGAACUCGGGACAUAUGAUAUACGAUUCUUACCACAAAAAGUAAAGAAAGGCCAAGUUCUAGCCGAUUUCCUAGUUGAGAUACAAUCUUUUACACCAGAGACUUUACCUAAACUGCUGGAUUCAGAAGUUGAGUGGAUGUGGACGAUGCACACAGACAGAGGCUCCAAUUCUCAAGGAGCUGGGAUCGGCGUCGUAUUGGAGGCACCCUCUAGAUUGAAAGUUGAGGAAGCCAUACGAUUGGAGCAAUUUGCCACAAAUAACGAAGCCGAGUAUGAGGCUCUGAUUUACGGUCUAGAAUUAGCACAAGACAAGGGCAUCAGACGGCUGAGAGUCAGAGGAGAUUCGAAGCUAAUGAUAGAGCAAGUGGUUGGGAAUUUCAAUACUAAGGCACCCCACCUGACCAGCAUAUUGGAAAAAGUAUCUGAAUUGAAGUCACAAUUCCAUCAAUUUGAGCUCGUACAAAUACCAAGGGAGCAGAAUUAG